GCAGCCGCGCGGCAUAGCAUUCGCUCGUCCGCCGGCUGCGAGGCUGCCACCGCGUGCUGCGAUCCGUCGUCUCUCGUCUCCAGCAACCGUUCUCUCUUCUCUUUCUCUCCGCAUCACCCUUAUUGCCACGAGUAACUUUGCGGCACGUACUGAGCAGCAGGAUGGAUCCGCCGCCGUAAUUGGACUCGAUUAAUAAGUAUCGGCCCGGCUGGCAUGUGUUUUUUCCGCGGCAGUGCUCUCGAGAUUCAUCUACAGGGGUGGCGGGUGACCGGCCCGCCCCACGGUGCAAAAAUACACGCAGCUCGUUGUUAGUAAUUGUCUCUGCCCGCGAAGAGGACCAUUAGUCGUUACAUUUUUCGCUCUAUCUUUAUCCUAACUUGAGUGUUAACUGUUGUUGACGGAACAAAUACGCUCUCGUCACGCUCAAAACUGAAAUUAUUCUCGUCAUUAAGUGUAUAAUGGAAAAAGCUGUUAAUUAAGCCUCCCAUCGUUUGAUGUCACCUCCACACUGCAUAAUUAUGGAUGUCACCCGCCCUCACUGCAGCCACAGAAGUAACAUGUUCGUCGUAGCUGGACUUUUAGCACUUCUCUUUGUCUUGUGUCAACCCGUCAAAGGACUGGCGCAGCACCAGCAGCAGCAAGUGAGCGGCGGCGAGUUCACAGUCGAAGAGCUCAACCACGGCAACGAUAGCUCGUACCCGUUUUUCGACUUCAACGUGCCGCGAAAUGUGACAACUGCUGUCGGACAGACCGCAUUUUUGCACUGCAGAGUGGAGCAACUGGGUGACAAAGCGGUGUCAUGGAUCCGCAAACGUGACCUGCACAUUCUGACUGCAGCCAUCUACACGUACACCAGCGACGCUCGCUUCCAGGUCGUCAGGCCGGAAAGGUCGGAAAACUGGACCCUGCAGAUCAAGUUCCCGCAGCUGCGAGACGCCGGCAUCUACGAAUGUCAAGUCAACACAGAACCGAAGCUCAGCCUGGCCUUCAGGCUCAACGUGAUUGAGGCGAAGGCUCGCAUCCUGGGGCCAGCCGAUUUGUAUGUGAAGACGGGCAGCACGAUCAGCCUGUCGUGCGUGAUCAGCCAGGGGCCGCAUGACCUGGGCACCGUGUUCUGGUACCACGGGCCCACCAUCGUCGACUACGACUCACCCCGCGGCGGUGUCAAAAUCGAAACAGAGUGGACGGACGCGCUGACCAGCCGCCUCAGGAUCACCAACGCUCGCAUCACAGACUCUGGCAACUACACGUGCAUCCCGACCAUCGCGGCGCCAGCCAGCGUCAUGGUCCAUGUCAUUAAUGGUGAGCACCCGGCAGCGAUGCAACACGGAAACAAGAACCACUCGAACGGACUUUUGAACAACCUAUCACUUCUCUUUGUACAUAGUUUUACAGUUUUCUUAAUAAAAUGGCUGAGAUGAGAGUGAACGUUUUACAUUCCCGUGAAUAAAGUGUAAAGAUGAUUUUUGGAGAAAAAUAAA